AAUAAACAAAUGAGAAGAAAAGAAAGAAAAAAAUCAAAUAGAAGACUACAAAGACGACCGAUUUUCCGUAGUUCUUGAAAGAAAAGAAGAAAAACUCAUGCAAUGCAAUGCAUGCGUUUUCCUCUCCUUCAAAUUCCGCCAUUAAAGCAAGCUUCGGCUUCCAAAUUCCCAUCCACAAAAUCCUUCCCUUACGCCCUUCAAUGUCCCAAAUACAAAUACUCAUCCAUUUCACUCUCACUAACCAAAACCUUUUCUGGGUAUCGAAACUCGUCCCUUAGUUGUUCUUGUUCUUCGUCGGAAGAUGAUUUUGAGGACGAAUUGGGACGCCUUUUGGCGCUUUUGCCAGAGGAAAUAAGGCAAAGGAUUUGGGAGCAUCCGGAGCUUCAUCAACUGAUCGAAGUGGUUAUGGACUUUGGUCGGAAGCCGUUGGCCAGGUUUCCUUCUGGAGACUCUGUCUUGUCGGAUUCGCCCAUAACUCUUCAGGAUCUUCAAUAUGCUACGUCUCAGGUUGGUGACUUUGCGAUUGAUGAUAGAGCAGGAAUCAGUAGGACAUUGCACCGUAUUAGUGCCAUCAGAAAUCGGAAGGGUGCCAUUAUUGGUUUAACCUGUCGUGUUGGUCGAGCGAUCACAGGAAGUGCGAAUUUGUUGCGAUACUUAGUCCAGGACGGCGCCUCUCUAUUGCUCAUUGGCCCUCCAGGGGUUGGAAAAACCACAAUUAUCAGGGAAAUAGCUCGGAUGCUUGCAAAUGAUUACAACAAACGUGUCAUGAUUGUUGACACCUCGAAUGAAAUUGGUGGCGAUGGCGAUAUACCUCAUGCAGGAAUAGGUAAUGCACGUCGGAUGCAAGUCCCAGACUCCAAUAGGCAACAUGAGGUACUGAUAGAAGCAGUUGAGAAUCAUAUGCCACAAGUAAUUGUAAUUGAUGAAAUUGGCACAAAGCUUGAAGCUAUGGCUGCCAGCACGAUUGCCCAGCGUGGUAUUCAGCUCGUUGCCACUGCACAUGGAGUGACGAUUAAGAAUUUGAUAAUGAAUCCUUCACUAGAAAUGCUUGUGGGAGGAAUACAGGUGCAAAGAAAUCUCCAAGAUGUGAUUACCAAUUUGAGUGUAACACUAGGGGAUGAAGAGGCAAGCAGGCGGGGUGUGCAGAAGUCCGUGUUGGAAAGGAAAGGUCCUGCAACAUUUAGUUGCGCGGUGGAAAUAGUUUCAAAGACAGAGUUGAGAGUUCAUCGUAGCUUAGAAACAACAGUGGACGCCAUUCUCGCAGGCCGUUUUCCAAAUGUUGAAGUUCGGAAGAUAAAGUCUAAUGAGUUGGAAGAUACUUUAGAAAGAGAGCCUUUUAUUUGCAAUUCUUUUGAUACGGAGGAUGAACUAAUGGAUGAAGAAGCUCCAGAGCUGAUUGAAAAUGGAACUUAUUACAAGGAAUUCACUUCUGAGGUCUCUCCAAACAUGGGAGAAGCGUCUGGGGAAGGAACGAUUCCACUCCGCCUGUUUGUUUACGGGAUCCUAGAGGCCAGCGUGAUACAAGGGAUUAAGCAAUUGAAGAUUGAUGAUGCUGCUAUUUGCUUAACCAACAAUAUCAGCGAAGCAGACGCGCUGCUUGCCUUGCAGUCAAAGCUCAAGAAGAAUCCCCGAAUUCAAGCUGCUGUUAAAUCUCAUAACAUACCAAUUUAUAUGACUAAGACAAGCUCGCUGGUGCAAAUAAGAAAGGCGAUUCGGGCAUUAAUGAGUGAUCAUGAAGAUGGUUUGAAUGAUCUUGAAUCAGUAGAAAAGGUGAAGUCAUCUGAGAAGACUGAUGCAUUAGAGGAGGCAAGAUUGGCCAUUGAGCAGGUUGUGAUCCCAAAAGGAGAACCUGCAGAACUACUUCCAAGACCAACCCGCAUCAUGACGCUUCAGCUUGACCUUAUUCGAAGAUACCAACUUGAAGCUGAAAGAAUAGGUUCAGGUGCAGAAACACGGCUGUGUAUCCUUCCUUUACACGUUCGGAAAAACGAAGAAGACGACACUAAACAGAAUGAUAUGUCUGUGUCUGAUAGCGAGCUCGAUGAUUUCGUCAACAGUAAGGGUAACACCAAUGUCUCUCCCUACUGUGUAGACAGAUUACCAUUACUACCCGAGUAACUAUGGAAUUCCAUAUAAAACAAUGCAUUUAUAUUGCACUACUCGUUGGGAUAUGGUAUAUAAUUCUUGCAGCUACCUUACCAGCCCAUCAUGUUGGUUGUGCAUACUCAUUGAUUUUGUAAAUGCUGUAAUAUAAAUCUUGAAAAAAUUUGUGCAGGAUUCUAUAGGUCAAUUUAAUGUUGAAAACUUCCCCUUAAAAGUUGAAAAAUUGUCCACAGGAUUCUGUAGGUCAGUCUAAUGUA